UUAUCGGUGUCCCAAGGCUCUUGAUAUCGUAGUAGAUAAAUUAAUUACAGAACAGUCCUCGUUCCCUCAACCAGAAGAAUUACCUAUCGUGCGAAAACGGUGAUUUAAUUUGGAAGUCUUGAGAUGAAUCACGGUCGAUCUGAGAAGAAACCUAAAGGGAAAUGCUUGUCUGACCUAGUGUCCCCACACUUGCUUGUGAGCGUUGUGUUAGCUGCGACGUGCGCUGCUUUGGUGGUUGUCAUUCUUCAGAUGGAUCGUCGUAUUUCUACGUUGGAGGAACUGCGUCGAGAAGGCAAACAAGCCUCUACUGCUAACAUCUCUGCAACGGUGUCUUCUGCAUUGGGCACUAGAGCAAAGAGGGCAAUUUCAAACACAACUCCCGGUCAGAAAUCAGACAUUGAAAAGCGAUUGAAGGCUGUGGAAGAAAGGCGAGUUACAUUUGUAAAUGAAAUCAGAUUAUAAUCAUAAGUUUAAAGACGCUCCCUAACCUCAGUAUUAGAUUUCAGUCAGUUUCUGUUAUUAAAGAAUAGCUCGGACAUGAGGAUGGGUUCUUAAUGGUAUGGCUAUUUUGCUGUUGUUAGACUUGUGCGUGAAGGUCAGUGUGUCUUAAUUUUUGGCAAAAUAGACUCGAGAAUGAAUGGAUGUAGUCAAUAAGUAUUGUAGUGAAUUUAUAAAGACGAAGGUGAAAUACAAGCUAGGGAAGAAAAAAAAUUAAACUAAAACGCUGCUUCCCCAAAGUUUUCUGUCGAAAUGAUGUUAACAGAGAAUGAAUGGAUGUAGUCAAUAAGUAUUGUAGUGAAUUUAUAAAGACGAAGGUGAAAUACAAGCUAGGGAAGAAAAAAAAAUUAAACUAAAACGCUGCUUCCCCAAAGUUUUCUGUCGAAAUGAUGUUAACAGUUAGCCUUUUAUGACCGCCCAUACCGGCCAAUUAGUAAUGAAAAAUUGCUCUGUGCGUAGAAUCGUCAUAGCUUGCGACUGCAAGCUCUUGAGGUGCUACUAAGCUAGGAGGCCAUAUUAAAGCCAAGUACAGCUGUAGCAACUCAGUGAAAGUUAGGUCAUAUUUCUUUCUUCUUUGCUUUCAGGCUCGGAGCGCUAACAAACCGGUCGGAUUUUUUUGCCAGCAAAUUGAUGGUUCAAAAGCGCUAUUCCUACAUAACUCGAGGUAUUGUAAUUCACAUGUAACGUAAAAAAUCGGGAUUCUUUCUAGUCUUUUCUUUGAGGGCCUUAAAGCGUAAAAUGGUAACUGGGAUAUGAUCAUUUCCUUGAGACUUGAUUCAAUACUAUCUUGCUUUAGUUAUUCCACGCAUGUAAAUAACUUCACUUCAAAUUUUGAUUCAUUACAGGGCGGGACGGCCGCGAUGGAAAGGAUGGUCCCACAGGUCCACCAGGAUUACCAGGCAGCCCCGGAUUGCCUGGUGUUGGGUCUCCUGGGAAAGCUGGGCGUCCUGGUAAGGACGGUCCACCUGGAAAAUCUGGGGCAAAAGGUACUCAACUUUGAUAAUUUUUCCUUCUUUAACAGCGAGAAACUGAGCACAAACUGAUUUGGUACUUUUUCUGGAAGAAUCCUUCAACCGUGUAUUUCUGUCCUCUCACAGGAGAUGCUGGUAAGCCGGGCGUUAACAGGACGUUUUCAGGCCCUCCUGGUCCCAAAGGAGAGAGUGGUAAAUAAAUUAACUUUGGAUUUUCUUUCAUUACAGGACGUGACGGCCGCGAUGGAUUACCUGGAAAACCAGGAAUACCAGGAAACCCCGGAGUACCUGGUGUUGGGUCUCCUGGGAAAGCUGGGCCUCCUGGUAAGGAAGGUCCACCUGGCAAAUCUGGGGCAAAAGGUAUUCUACUCUAAUUAACUUUGCUUCUUUAACAGAGAGAAAAUGAGCAAAAAAGAAAUGUUGUCUUCAUAGUGUCUAUCGAGAUCGAGCUAUAUUUGCUUUACUUGACAUUUUCCAAAAAAAUUUCAACGUUGCACUUCUUACCACUCAAAGGAGAUGCUGGUAAGCCGGGCGUUAACAGACCUUUUCCAGGCCCUCCUGGUCCUAAAGGAGAGAGAGGUUCUGCUGGAAGUCCUGGCUUGAAAGGGCCUCAAGGAACCAAAGGCGAAAAGGGAAAGGAAGGAGCUGGGAAGUCUGGAGUGAAAUAUGUUCGCUGGGGAAGGACCACUUGUCCAAGAGGAGCUGAGCUAGUUUACAAAGGUUCGUCAACACAGACACUUUAUGUAAAUCAACACUGGUGUAAUAAAGCAGUGCUAAGUUAUUUCCUUUUUUUUCCCUUAAAGUUAGUGACAGAGACCAUUACUGUGACAUUUUAAGUUUGCAGAAACAGCAUUUCACUGGAAAAACUGGACCUUUUACAGCUGAGAUAAUAAAAUGUCUAUAAUUUGUUACUUUCUAGUCUUUUUUAUAAAGGUGCAAAUCUUCCCCUCUUUCACUCCAAAUGCCCGAUAAGUUUGUGACAUCUUGAACAUUUAUUUAUUUAUUGAUCGCAAAUUGAAGAGAAGUUUCAAUAAUAAUUACCUUUUAUCUGAUAGAGGUUUAUUAGUGUGAAAGUUCGAGUGCAGUAAAUGCAGUCAAUAAUUUGUUUUGGACAACUUGGACCCACAUGUGAUAUGCAGUUUGUUAUGACGAUAUUUUGUUCUUCGGUGCUGACAGUCACCAAGACUAAGGGGAAAUUUGUGGNGGGAAAGCUGGGCCUCCUGGUAAGGAAGGUCCACCUGGCAAAUCUGGGGCAAAAGGUAUUCUACUCUAAUUAACUUUGCUUCUUUAACAGAGAGAAAAUGAGCAAAAAAGAAAUGUUGUCUUCAUAGUGUCUAUCGAGAUCGAGCUAUAUUUGCUUUACUUGACAUUUUCCAAAAAAAUUUCAACGUUGCACUUCUUACCACUCAAAGGAGAUGCUGGUAAGCCGGGCGUUAACAGACCUUUUCCAGGCCCUCCUGGUCCUAAAGGAGAGAGAGGUUCUGCUGGAAGUCCUGGCUUGAAAGGGCCUCAAGGAACCAAAGGCGAAAAGGGAAAGGAAGGAGCUGGGAAGUCUGGAGUGAAAUAUGUUCGCUGGGGAAGGACCACUUGUCCAAGAGGAGCUGAGCUAGUUUACAAAGGUUCGUCAACACAGACACUUUAUGUAAAUCAACACUGGUGUAAUAAAGCAGUGCUAAGUUAUUUCCUUUUUUUUCCCUUAAAGUUAGUGACAGAGACCAUUACUGUGACAUUUUAAGUUUGCAGAAACAGCAUUUCACUGGAAAAACUGGACCUUUUACAGCUGAGAUAAUAAAAUGUCUAUAAUUUGUUACUUUCUAGUCUUUUUUAUAAAGGUGCAAAUCUUCCCCUCUUUCACUCCAAAUGCCCGAUAAGUUUGUGACAUCUUGAACAUUUAUUUAUUUAUUGAUCGCAAAUUGAAGAGAAGUUUCAAUAAUAAUUACCUUUUAUCUGAUAGAGGUUUAUUAGUGUGAAAGUUCGAGUGCAGUAAAUGCAGUCAAUAAUUUGUUUUGGACAACUUGGACCCACAUGUGAUAUGCAGUUUGUUAUGACGAUAUUUUGUUCUUCGGUGCUGACAGUCACCAAGACUAAGGGGAAAUUUGUGGUGAGGUCAUUUGAGGGUGGAGUGAUGUUUCCCUAUAAGACUGUUAAAGUAUGUAGUUUAACAUCCUCAGGUUUGAUGGGAGGUAACGCUCACCAUCACCAAGGUGGUGGUCACUGCAAACAGAUGAUAAGAGUUUUAGCAAUUACCUUUUAUCUCAGAGAUUUAUUAACGUUACAGUUCGAGUGCAAUAAAUCCAGUUUGUCGUAACAACAGUUUGCUCUAUUGUGCUGUCAGUCACUAAGAAAGUGAAAUUUGUUGUGCGUACACUUUAUAGGAGAGUGAUGCACCUUUGUAAACUUGUAGUUUGUUAUCCUCAGGUUUAAUGGGAGGUGAAGGGUACAAUCACCAAGGUGGUGGAGUAAACUAUCUUUUCUUCCACACAAUCCAAAGUACGACAGGUAUAACGACGGCAAUCAGCUCUCAGGAUAUGUGUACGGUGCUGAAUAUGAGGUUGGUUCCUACAGUGGGUAUCCUUUCAGACGAAAUCUCCAUGACCAUGAGGCGCCUUGCGUUGUCUGCUAUGUCAAAUCACGUGUUUCAUUGCUGAUGAUGCCUGCACGGAAUGACUGUCCAUCUGGAUGGACCCAGGAGUAUCAUGGGUACCUGAUGACCGCAUAUUACAACCACGGGAACCAAAAAGACUUCGUCUGCGUUGACAAAGACCCAGAGUAUGUUGCGGGGACUAAUGGGAACAAGGAUGGUGCCUUGCUAUACUUCGUGGAAGGGGGCUGUGGCUCACUUCCGUGUCCUCCAUAUGUUCUGCAUCGAGAGCUGACAUGCGCUGUUUGCACCAAGUAAUAAAACAUCUCUCGUCAAUCUCAGAGGAUCAGCUUGUAAUCAUGGCUUAAAUUAAAAAAUAAAACUGGAGAAG